UUUUCUUCAGGGAAACUCUGUAGUUAGAGGCACAACAGCUGAUAGACAACCGAUCCCAAGGCUGUUCUUUUUGCCUUGUUGUCCUGGCGAUAAGGCCGGUCUUCGUGAGACAAAAUAACGAAUAGCAACGAAAAACAAGCGUUAGCCUCCUGAAAAACUGUACUCAAACUCUUAAUGCGAACAUAAAUAAAUAAUCAUCAUUGUGAACUGCUGGCUGACGUGUACGUUAUAGUAAGACGUAAAUGAUACGGCCAGUAGGUGGCGUUAUUUGUCACUGCUGUAAUAGGAAGUUUUCUCCCUUUACGGCCACAUCACAUCCGUAAAGAAGAAGCAACAAAAGAAUUGGGUCUUUUUUUUUUAAAUAAAACUCCACCAGUUGCUUUCAGCACAAACAAAGCUGGAGAUCUGUUCAGUGCUGAAGAUGCUCAUCCAACUGGCACAGGUGGAGCUGGAGUGCUGUCAAAGCUAUGGCUGCCCAAAGGCUUCUCGGCCAGCGUGGCGAAAGAGUGGAUCGACAGGCGUCGGGUGUCCAUUCGACCAUGGGCUAGCUUUGUAGACCAGCGCAAGUUUUCAAAACCUCGCAACUUUGGAGAGUUGUGUCAGAGGGUGGUGAAAAAUGUGGAAGUUUACAACAGCAACUACACCUUCAUCUUUCUGGGUCUCAUCCUCUACUGCAUAAUCAGCUCGCCGAUGCUUCUGAUUGCUCUGGCUGUGUUUGCUGGCGCUUUCUACAUUAUCCACCUCAAGUCUCUGGAGUCCAAACUGGUCGUUCUUGGUAAAGAGCUAGCUCUCCCUCACCAGAUGGGUCUGGCUGGAGCCGUCUCUCUUCCUGUGUUCUGGUUGGCUGGAGCUGGAGCAGCUGUGUUUUGGGUUCUUGGAGCAACACUGUUUGUGAUUGGCUCUCAUGCUGCAUUCCGUGAACUGGAAGGAUCUGACUUGGAGGAACUCCUCAUGGAGCCUGUGUAGACAACGAACUCAUAGCAGGUGAUGGACAAUGAUCAGUCAUUUCUUGACCCUGUAAUUGUUUCAGCACAGAAGGAUUGGGGAAACUACUGUUCUGCGCCCGCUCCUUUUGCAAAACCUGUAUACUGUUUUCCCUGUAUUUUACCAAUAUCAUUGUAUCAAUAAUGCACCUUGACCUGCCUCAUAAACUAUCAUUGAACAUAACAUCAUAUGCACAAAUAAUUCAUUUUUAGUGUGUCUGAUAGCACAUAACUGUCAGAUUUCAUGCCUUUAUCUACAUAUUUUAAACCUAUGAUGCCUCUGGCUUGUGUAAUAGAGCAUCUUGUUGAGGCUCUUAUUUAAUGACUUGCUCUUUGCCUGUUAAUGAAGCGUCUGUGCUAUUCUUGUGAGAAGGGAUUCUGGUUGGCAGGGAUAUACGGUUACCUGUAAUUUUCACUCCAUUACUGAUUAGUUUUUUCCAAAGGUGAAGUGCCAAGCUUUAAAAUGAUGCCUGAUGAUCGUGGAAAAUAGCCUUUUUCUAUCUCACUGAAUUCAAAAUCCUGUUUUAGUAAUUAAGAUAAGCUUUUAGAUAAAUUGACUAGAAGAUGUCAGGAAAGGUCAGUACUUAAUCAUGGUAUUUUGUGUGUAGGGACAUAAUUUGCUGAUUACAUGUAUAUUUAUCAGCUUUUCUUGGAAAGUUCAGGUCACAACAUGAAAUAUGUUUCUGAAUUUCAUAAUUUGUCGACAUUUUCAUGUAAGUUGGGUAUUUUGUAUUUAGUUUUUCAAUGUGCAAUAAACCCCAAAUUAAAACGUGAUA